AUGCUCAACGCGGACAAGGAGUUCCUGGCCCAGAAGGUCGCGCCACACAGGGACUUCUACAACGUGCGCAAGGUGGACACCCACAUCCACCACAGCGCCUGCAUGCACCAGAAGCACCUGCUGCGGUUCAUCAAGAGCAAGCUCAGGAAGGAGCCGGAUGAGGUGGUCAUAUUCAGGGACGGCAAGUACCUGACGCUGCGGGAGGUGUUUGAGAGCCUCAACCUUACGGGCUACGACCUCAACGUGGACACACUGGACAUGCACGUAGACAAGAACACAUUCCACAGGUUUGACAAGUUCAACCUGAAGUACAACCCCUGCGGCCAGAGCAGGCUGAGGGAGAUCUUCAUCAAGCAGGACAACCUGAUCCACGGCCGCUUCCUGGCUGAGCUGACCCAGGAGGUCUUCACUGACUACGAGGCCUCAAAGUACCAGCACGCGGAGAUGCGCAUCAGCGUGUACGGCCGCAAGCCCGUGGAAUGGGACAUCCUGGCGGCAUGGGUGGUGGGCAACAACCUGUGGAGCGACAACGUGGUGUGGCUGAUCCAGAUUCCGCGGCUCUACAACGUCUACAGAGACCAGGGCAUCAUCGACAACUUUGAGCAGAUGCUGGAGAACAUCUUUGUGCCGCUGUUCGAGGCCACGGUGGACCCGGCCUCGCACCCCCAGCUGCACGCCUUCCUCAGCCAGGCCACUGGCACGCCGCUGUUUCUUUUGACACCUUCGAUUCCCACCGAAACCGCACACAACCACAAAACAAACCUGAACUGA